AUGGCGAUCAAGACGAAGAACAUCUCGCCGGACGGGAAGCGGCAGAUGACGAUGCAGCAGUUCACGGCGUGGCUGGGGAGGUUCGACGCCGACAAAGACGGCAAGAUCAGCAGGCAAGAGCUGGCCGACGCCGUCCGUGGCGCCGGCGGGAGGUUCGCGUGGUGGAAGUGCCGGCAGGGGCUCCGUUCGGCCGACUCCGACGGCAGCGGCUACAUCGACGCGAACGAGAUCGGCAACCUCGUGGAGUUCGCGCAGAAGCACCUCGGGGUGAAAAUCGUCGGUUUCUGA